AUGCUAGAGCUACAGGAACUGAGCGGGUGCUCCAAAACUCAGGCAACUGGUGUGAUUGAGCUGCGCCCGUUCAAUAAUUAUGAUCACCUAUGUGUGACUCUGCGUAAGACCAAGGGUGUGGGAGAGAAGAUAGUUGACAGCUACUUGACGACCACUGAUGCCAUCCGCGCUGUCGAUCAGAUGCUCAAGACUGUGGAUCGUGUCCGCGAAGAUCUCGUCAAUAUUCUGAGCGUUUGGUGCGGUGAUGAGAAUGGAAAGCUAUUUCAAAAUUCGACCUCUAGUAACAGCAUGAAGAUCAGCGAGGAACGUGCUGGCAAGAAGGCGAUGAAAGGUUUUAUACGCAAACAACCGGUCAACAUGGCCCCUGGUUUCCAACUCAAGGGCUACCAACUUCUCGGAAUCAAUUGGCUAGCGCUUUUGUGGCGCAAAGGACUUUCAGGUAUUCUUGCUGACGAGAUGGGUCUUGGAAAGACGGCCCAGGUGAUUACGUUUUUGGCUCACUUAUUCGAAGAAGGCGAGGAAGGGCCCUUUUUGAUCAUUGUGCCAUCCUCGACGCUGUCUAACUGGAUGCGCGAGUUCGAAAAGUUUUGUCCAUCCCUUGAUGUCAGGAGCUACUACGGGACACAGGCUGAGCGCGAGGAGCUGCGAUAUGAACUUGAGGAGGACCGGACCUACAAUGUUCUUGUGACAACUUAUGCGAUGGCGACUGGCAACAACGAUGAGCGAAAGUUUUUGAGCCGACAGGGAUUCAGGGGGGUCAUCCUGGAUGAGGGCCACAUGCUCAAGAACUGUGCCAGUGCACGGUACAAGCAGCUGAUGUCGAUUAAGACCAACUUUCGCCUGCUUCUGACAGGAACGCCAUUGCAAAACAACCUUCAGGAGCUGCUCUCUUUGCUGAUCUUCAUCAUGCCGAAGCUGUUUGCAGAGCAUGAGGAAGUCUUGAGGACGAUGUUCAAGGUCAAGGUCGAUGCUUCGAGUGAAAAGAGCACGCUGCUCUCUCAGGAACGAAUUGUCCGCGCCCGGCAGAUGAUUGCACCAUUUGUCCUGCGGAGGAAAAAGAUACAUGUGCUCAAUGAUCUGCCACGCAAGGUCGAGCGCGUUAUCUAUUGCGACCUUCAUCCGGACCAGAGGGUGCUCUAUGACAGAAUCAUGUCGAGCUCUGCGCUGCAGGCGGUGCUGCGGGAUUCGACUGACGAUCUUAUUGACCCGGUGGAAUUGGACAGCAUGGACCCCAAAGCGAAGGCGAAGGCGCUUGCCGCAGCCAAGAAGGGUGCCUCAAAGAAGAUGACUGCGACUGCCAAGAAGACGGCAGGCGAGUUUGCAAAUAUCUUGAUGCAGCUUCGAAAGGCGUCCGAUCAUCCUAUGCUGUUCAGGGAGCUCUAUACGGAUGAUAAAAUCAAGGAGAUGGCCAAGGUGAUCACGAAGGAGGUCGAAUUCUGUGAUUCGAACAUUGAUUAUAUUGAGGAGGACAUGUCGGUCAUGACGGACUUUGAGCUCCAUAGGCUGUGCAAGCAGUACAAGAGCGUCAACCGGUUCGCAUUGCCUGGGGAUCAGUGGAUGCAUGCUGGCAAGGUUAAGGAGUUGGAACGCCUACUCCCAAAGCUGAUCAAGAAGGAUAAGUCCAGGAUUCUGAUCUUUUCUCAAUUCACGAUGGUUCUGGAUAUUUUGGAGGCGAUUCUGAAGACUAUGGAUAUUGUGUACCUGCGCAUGGAUGGAAGCACCAAGGUCGAAGAACGCCAGCCAUUGAUCGACACAUUCAACGACGAUUCGAGUUACAAGGUGUUUUUGCUGUCAACCAAGGCUGGAGGGUUCGGUAUCAACUUGACUGGCGCCAAUGUCGUGAUCAUGUACGACCUCGAUUACAAUCCGCACAACGACAAGCAGGCCGAGGACCGCGCACAUCGUGUGGGUCAGACAAGGGAGGUUCAGGUGAUCAAGCUGGUUUCCAAGAACACGAUAGAGGAUCAGAUCUAUCAGCUCGCCAACCUCAAGUUGAAGUUGGACCAACAUGUCAGUCAGGACGACACUGUCAACGACGCAAGCACCAAAUCAGAAUCAUCAUCAAGCUCUUCGACCCCAAGUGCUGGAAUCUUGAGUUUGAUCAAGAAGAAUUGGAAGGAGACCCACAAUGCAUACGUCGCGAACCAGCAGGACCAGCAGGACUCGGCUGCUGUAACAACAUCGAUCUCAACAUCAAAUACAACUGUGACCUCAAUGUCAGUUACAACUACAGCUACGCCAGCUAAGGAGAAUAUGAAGCUGGCGGCCACGGAUGGAUCGGAAAACAAGGCUAAGGCUGUCAAGAGGUCGGGUAUCUCGAGAAGCCCAUCUCUGUCAUCAGUCUCGUCUCUAUCCUCGAGUAACAGUCUGUAG